GCUCGUCCUUAUAUUACUGGGUGCGGCCUCGCCGGCUCAGUCCAAGAUGGCGGAUCUCCUCGGUUCAAUUCUCAGCUCCAUGGAGCGGCCGCCGCAGGUCGGGGACCAGGAAUCCCGGCGGAAGGCCAAAGAACAAGCCGCCAGGCUGAAGAAACUGCAGGAGCACGAGAAGCGCCAGAAAGUGGAGUUCAGGAAAAGGAUGGAGACGCAGGUGUCGCAGUUCAUACAGGACAGCACUCAGACGAAGAAGAAGUUGGAAGCGAUGGGGAAGAUUGAGCGCAGCAUCGUGCACGAUGUUGUGGAAGUCGCCGGCCUGACGUCCUUUUCUUUCGGGGAGGAUGAGGAGAGUCGCUAUGUCAUGAUAUUCAAGAAGGAGUUUGCCCCGUCGGAUGAAGAGCUGGAGGCGUAUCGGCGGGGGGAGGAGUGGGACCCCACUAAGGCUGAAGAGAAGAAGAAACUCAAGGAGCUGGCGCUACGGGAGGCAGAAGCCGACGCCCAGAGAGCCCCGGCCAGAGUCAGUCCCGCCACAGACUAUAAGGACAAAUACAGCCAUCUGAUUGGCAAGGUUGCCGCCAAAGACGCCGCCCACACCCUGCAGGCCAACAAGGCUUAUGGCUGCGUUCCCGUCGCCAACAAGCGGGACACGCGCUCCAUCGAGGAGGCAAUGAACGAGAUCCGCGCCAAGAAGCGCCUGAAAAACGAAGAUGGCGACGCCGCGAGUGGCAGCUCCUGAGACCUUGCCCGCCGGGAUUAUUGCCACUCUGAGGAAACAUGGCCGCCGCUGUAUCCAGCCUGGGGGCUUCCUGUUUGUGCUCCGAUGGUUUUAUAAUUAUGUUUUCAUUUUAAUAUAUAUCUAUUGGGGGUGGGUGUGGCCUGGCAUGGGGGGGGCACCUACUGUCCCUGGCCAAUUGGGUCACGUGGGUCAGUCCGUUAUGUCAUUUUAAUCACUUUUUAUUUUUUUUCCUUUUAAUAUUACCCCCCCCUCCCAUGUACUAUGGGCUCGCCUGUGCGCCAGUGGCUAAUAGCCGUAAGGGGUGGGCACCAAGUCAUUGGGCACGCCCACAUCCUGGGGGGGGUAGAAUGGCAUCUGGGGGGGGUUGAUUUAAUGCUGUGAGUUUGCUUGGACUCAGGGGCCCCCCAGCUGCUCUACAGAAUAGGGAGUCACUGCCCUUGGGGGCGGGGCCACCCUUUUAUUUAUAUUUCCCUGUUUAGUGGCUUUUUAUAUGAUUUCUUGCCCCCCCCCCCCCCCCCCGCUACCUCUGCGUUACAGGGACGGUUCUGAUGGCGCCGGAGGGAGGUUCUGUCUCCAGUCCAACAAUAAAAGUGUUACCUCUUGCUAA